AUGAUUGGCUCAAUGGAUAACAGCUCAACAUGGGAUGGCGACAACUUAAUGCAGUGGGAGAGGGUGAGUUUCGCUGUGGUUAUCUCGAUCAUGGCAGUAACAGCCGUUAUAGGAAACUGUCUUGUAUGUUUAACACUACACAGAUGCAAAAUGCCUGCAAGUGUGUUUAUCAUCAACUUAUCCUUUAGUGAUAUUAUUAUUGGUGGUUGGGUCAUGCCGUUUUGUGUUGUGACCCUUCUGGAGGGGCAUUGGAUCUUCGGACCAGUCAUGUGUCACGUGGUUGCCUUUGUUAAAACAGCAUGCCUCUUUUCAUCUGCCUUAACUUUAUGUGUCAUCGCAGCGGAUCGAUACAUUAUAAUUAAAAAUGUUGCUAGAGGAUCGGGGGUGGUUUAUAAGACAACGGUGUUUAAGACUGCGAUGGGUCUGUUGGUACCCUGGACCGUGUCUUCGUUGACGGCGAUGGGCCCACUGCUCGGUUGGGGUGACUAUAAGUGGGUGCCGAUUAAACCCACAUGCACCGUGGACUGGCUUCAGAGUCCCUCCUACUCACUCGUCUGUUUUAUCACCUAUGCCUUUGUGCUGGACAUUUUCAUUACUUGCUGCUAUCUUGGCAUCGCGAGGGAGGUACAUCGCAAGAAGUCACGGAUACAGAAUGCCGUUUUGGACGCCAGAGCCUCCAUCAACCCGCAGGUGAAAAUGAACAAUGGACGGGCGGUCAGCCGAGAGGAGAUGGGGGUACUGAAAACCACUAUGGUGGUGGUGUUCAUCUUCACUAUCAUGACUGUACCUUACGUUACCAUGCAGUUGAUUUCUAUCAAAAGGAAUAAAGAGUUUUCGUUACGAGCCGAGACCAUUACUACCACACUGUUGUUCCUAGGUAGUUGCAUAAACCCGUUGAUUUACAGUGGAGCAAAUAAGAAGUUCAGAUUGGCAUUGAAGAAGACAAUUAGGGGAUUAAUCAAGUGUUGUUGA